AUGGCGAAAGACACCGUAUACGAAGGCGUCUUCGCCAUCAACAAGCCGUACGGCAUGAGCUCUGCGCAGGUGAUCCGCGAUUGCCAGCAGCAGAUGAACCCCUCGUCCAUCUUCAAGCCAUUGAUCGAGAGAGAUCUUGCCGCCAAGGUGCAGGAGUCGAAGCAAGAGUGGAAGCGUCGCCGAGCCGUUAAGAAGGACUCCCGCGUGAAGAUGGGCCACGGAGGCACACUCGACCCAUUGGCGACCGGCGUACUGAUUCUGGGUGUCGGAUCGGGUACCAAAUCACUCGGCUCAUUCCUCGACUGCACCAAGACCUACGAGACGGUGGUACUAUUUGGCGCUAGCACAGACACCUACGACCGCGUGGGUAGAAUAUUGAGCAGACGGCCAUACGAUGAGAUCUCGAAGGAAAAGGUCGAGAAGGCGAUGGAAAGCUUCCGGGGCAAGUUCCAGCAGAUUCCCCCUCUGUACUCCGCGCUCAAGAUGGAGGGCAAGCCGCUGUACGAGUACGCUCGCGAGGGCAAGGCUAUCCCUAGGGAAAUCGUGGGACGCGACGUUGAAGUGACCGAGCUCGAGAUGGUCGAGUGGUACGAGCCUGGAACCCACAACUACAGAUGGCCUACCGAAGAGGCGGAAACGGCCGAGAAGAACCUCGCUGAGCAGGUCUGGCGAGUAGAGAAGCAAGGAGCCUCUGGCCGUCGGCUUACUCCUGAGGAGGAGAAGGAAGAAGAGAAAGCCCUCUCCGAGCACGAGACGGUUAAGAAGAAGUUUGAGGAGCGCCAGGAUGGUCUCAUCCGCGAUAAGCCUGUCAAGAAGCAAAAGCCGCCCAAGAACCCGGCCCUGAUGUCUGGCGCCUUGGGACAGCUCCCAGGCGGCAAGGGCUCCAACCUUAUUCCUCCUCCUCCGUCUGAGGAUGAGCCCUUCCCUUGGACCGACAAGGGCCCGCCUGCUGCCAGGAUCCGCAUGAAGGUCACCUCUGGAUUCUACGUUCGCAGCUUCUGCCAUGAUCUGGGUGCCAAGGUCGACUCUGCGGGUAUGAUGGCUGAGCUUGAGCGAUCCCGACAGGGCGACUUCGAGGUCCGCACCGAUAGCUGCUUGGAGUACGAAGACGUUCUCAAGGGAGAGGAGGUCUGGGGACCCAAGGUCACGAAGGCAUUGUCUGAAUGGACCGAGAAGUACCCCAACGGAGCGCCGCAGUCGCAACGCGAAAGGCAGAAUGCCCAAGGCCAGCAGAAGCAGCAAAACCAUGGCCGCAAGGAUGACAGGAAGCGCAAGUGGGAGAACAAGAGCUUCGACAAGAACGACAAUGCUUCUAAGAAGAGGAGAAACUCCAGCUCGGGAGACGAGGCGCCCGCCGCCAAAGUGGUCAAGUCGGAGCAGGCUAGUGAUGUCAAGGAGUCUUCGCCCAAGAGGUCUCCCAAGGCGUCUCCCAAGGCGUCACCCAAAGGUUCUCCCAAAACUUCUCCCAAGGCGAAGUCAGCUAACACAAAGAAGUUUGAUGACGUAUGGGAAGGUAUUCAGGACUAA